CAGUCUAUUCAGAUUUACACAUUUCAACAAACUGUAAUCGCGGUCAGGUUCAUAGUUAAACUCGUGUCAGACGUUUACGAGGAGCACGUGAACGCACCGUUUUUCAUCACCGGGCUGCGUUUGCGCCGGUGGAGGGGCAGAACUUCCACAGCGCCCGUACUGCAUCUGCGAUGUAACAGUCUGCCCAGUUGUGGAUGCAAGGAGGACUAAACACAACAUUAAUCAGUUAGAUAAACAUCUAUUGCGGAGCUAUUUAGUACAAACUGACAACGGUUUAUAUUUUUGGUAGGGCCGGGAAGUUUUUUUUCUGUCUAAUUAAGGGUGAGUUGAACUUGAAACUAAUGCCAAAAGGACAUUCUCAGAGAGUUAAGGAUGGAUCUACCACUUUGCUAAGGCAGAAUGUAUUUUUUUCUGAUAAUUUUCUGCUUCACACUGCUAUUGUUUAUCCUGGGGGAAUGAUUUUGUUUUUGUUUUAUGCUCUUUAGGAGUUUUUGUUCUAAACCUAAAUCAUGUUCACAUCCUACAUAAAGAAUCUGAAUGAUAUGGUAUUUUCUACGUCUCAGAGCCCUGAGGAGCAACAGAGCACUGGGGUCUUGGGUCGUAUCGGGAGCUGGCUCUCUCCAUGGAAGGGAACGGGUCCAAAGAGUCCUACUGAAAAUGCCUCCCCGACGAGCGAUCAGGCUCUUAAGUCAGAGGGAGAACAGGAAAGUGAAGAAUCUGUGAGACUCCGGGCAAGGACAAAAGAGUGGGAGGAGGAGAAGGACCAGAGCUUCAAUCCCAAUGCAUUCUAUCUCUCCAGAGACAUUUUCCCCUGUGAAGAGGGGGACGCCACGCAGUCUGCCCACAGAGGCGGCCCUGUUGUGAGCAGCACUGAAACAGCAGGAGGAGGUCCAAAGAAGGAGGAGUUUGUGGAGUGCAGGAAGAAGAGAGUCAGGCAGGGCAAGGAGAGGGAGGAGAGCAGCAACGGCACUUUAGCGAGUGGGAAUCCUGAGACAAAUGCCAGUCAGCUGACACAUCUCUCUUCCUCUUCUGAGCAGGGUGUGGUAUGGGAAUCUGACCGAGCCCACGCUCAGCCUCAAGCCCAGAGACAAGCACAGGCAGGCAGGAGGCUGCAUGUGUACCUGGAGGAGACCAGCGUGACUCACUGCGACCAGAACACCUGUGCUGGACAGGAUAUUGUGCAAGUCACAAAAAAGAACCUAAAUGUCCUCAGCAAAGCAAAGUCAUCACCACAUUUUGAUUUGAGCUCAAGUUUAACAAGUGCAGAGAACAAAAGGACACAUGUGAGUCCUGCUGUUGGGGCACAGAGUUAUUACAGUGCCCUAGUGAGGGUGUCACUGAAAUCACACAAAGAGUCGCAGUCAGAGCCUGAUCCUGAAGGACAAACAGAGGCUGACAGCAUGGGGCGUAAAAACGCAGCCAGAAGGAAAGUCAGGAAAAACUCUCUGGGAGAUGAAGGGAACAACCCCCAGGAGAAAAUGCCUCCCAGUGCCCAACCUGUCCCAGAGGGAAUCUCUACAUCAGAUAACUCAGUGACCAGUGCUCAGGGCAAAAGUCCAAAGACUCACAUGGGAGAGUCAUCUGUAAAGUCCUCCUCCAAGCACAGCUCCACCUCUCAGGCUUCACCUGAAGGAGCAGAGAAUAAGACUUCCUGUCCCGAUACAACCAAGGAGUUGGACAACUUCCAGGAAACAAACUCAGUCUUCGCAGCCACUCUGGCAUGUGUGGUUGAUGGGGGCGCAAACAUGGAGGACGACAGUUUAUACAAAGUAGAACGGAAGACAGAGACACCAGAGUCCAAACGCAGGAGUCUGAAGGUUUCUCGAAGUGAGGUGAAGCUUUUUACAAAAAAUGUGCCUUUGAAUCCAAAGCAAAAUCCAGCUGGAGACACCCAGGAACUUCAAGCAGCGUUAAAGAAUUACACAGAUGGAGCAAAGGAUAAGCCCGAAACAGAGAUCGAUGACAGAAUACACAAGCUGAAGAAAAUUGAUGAGGAGCCUAAGCCAGUCAUUGGCCGCAUUGCGGAUAAAAUCAGCCUCUUUGAGCGCCCGGCAGUAGGUGUCAACAAGCCGACCUUCCAAAGUCCGAGGAGUGCUGAUGUCUCUCCAGUCAGGAAAGCCACGGAGAGGGUGAAAACAGAUUUAGCGUUGCCAGAAAACAGGUCAAGAUCAGCUGAACGUUACGGCACAGCCAGGCCCAGCUCUGCAACACCCGUUGAGGAGAAGUCGAUGACGAUCAAGGAGCGAGCCAGGAACUUCACAGAGGCAUCUGAAACAAAGAACAAGCCAGCACUGUUUCAAAAGCCAGACAUGACAGGAAUGUCUCUAAAAGCCACUUCAUCUGUUGUAGUUGAUGCAUCGAAGUCAUCAGAACUAGACAAUCAGGAUAAACUGGAUACUGACAUGCAAAUACAGCAAGCAAAGUCAGAGAUAACAUUAAAACCAGAUGGACAAGAUACCACCACUGUAGGGGUAAAGAUGUCCAUUCCUAAAGAACAACCAACAGACUCCAACAACACAGUGGCCUGGAAAACAGCAGAUCAGGGUACGAAACCCAACAGUGUUGGAACAAAUGUUCCAGCUAAAGAGCCGGGUGGUUCUGCAGAACUGACCGAUAGCAUUAGCUCACAGUCCAAAGUCCCUAGCAGAAUAGGCUCCCGCUCUAAAAGGAGAAAAGGUAGGGAACCAACCAGUCCCAUCAGCCCAAAUAGUGAAAACAAACUGGAUCGCUCCAUAAGUAAGCCAGAGCUCACUGCUAUGAAUCUGCUGCAGAACGAUGAGGCUGCUUCUGCCUCCAAACUACUCACAGAUAAAGUCUCAUUACCAUCUGAUAAAGCUCAAGGAAACCAGACAGAUACCAGACAGAAAGCAUUUAAGAAGGAGCCAGAGGUGUUAGGAAAAGAGAAGAAACAGUUGGAUUCUUCUUUUAAAAAGGAGAUUAUUGACAAACCGGUGAACAGACGGGAGGGAAUGCCUGAACCAUCUGUCAACAAAGAUGAACCUGAUACUGCUGCUUGUAGCAGUGGAACUAAGACGCCUGUUGACAAGGAUCCCAUUAUUUUACCCCAAAAGGAGAAAAAGGCAGGGGGACAUGGCCUCGUAUUCACACAGAGGAGAGAAAAGGCCUCCAAGGACAGCAGAGAAACUUCAGCCCCCUCCCCCUCACCGCCAGUUGAACAACCUAUUGAGAAGACUGGUUCGAUGGCGCAAGAGCCACCUGCUGAACAGCGGAAAAUAGUUAAAGAAUUGUCAGUGCAAUCUGAACCUACCGAGCCAAAUAAGAAAGACACAGUGCAAACACCGAAACGCCCAAAUAAGGACAUAGAACUAAUAAAUCCGGCUGAGAGCGAAAAAACAAAUCAGACUGAGCAGAAAAACAAAGACAAAGCACAGCAGCUCCUGCGUUCAGAUAAAAACACCACAAAGACCAAGGUUUCAGAAAGUAGACAAGGUAUCUCAGAGACAGAGGGGAGUACUGCGAGGGAUGAUGAAAGAAAAAAUUCUGAAAGAAAAGAUGAGACACAGCCAGCUAAAGUCAUAACAAAACCAGAAACAAAUCAACCAGAACCAGCCUCUCGGUCCUCAGAAAGUAAAAGUACAUCAGUAGAUCUGCCUGCUCAAAAACAAGGUGUCAGACACACAAAGACUACACAUCCAGAAAAAGCUGCCGUUUGUGCCGUCACCCAAACUAAUGAGGCUGCGAGUGUGACCAAGACAGCGAAAGGGUCGUCAAAAGGAAAAAAUGCAGCAACUGUGCCUUCUGAGUUGCAAAGAAAGUCUACAAAACGCCCUGGAGCAGAGACAGAGCCAGUGGUGGUAGCAGCAAAACCACAGCCUCAUUCUGUAUCCGUGGAAAAAACAGAGAAUUCACCGGAUGACUCAUGUGCAAACAGAGCUAAUGAUGCUCAGUUAUCCAGCUCAAAGUCAAUUACCAAAGCAACUACAGCAGCUGAGAAAGUGACAAUAAAAGCCGCUGAUGGUACUCCAGGGCUGAAAGCUGCACAGACUGAUAAUAUGUCGGAGAAGGAAUCAUCUGAUAAAAAGUCUUUGCAUUUUUCUGUCUCGAAAUCUUUGAGCAGCGAUGUAGCAAAGCAGGAUGAUGGGGCAAAAAGUUCAACUGUCAAAUCAGUGCCCUCAGAAGUCUCAGGAGAUAUAACAAAACUAGCUCCUAGAUCCCGACAGUGUGAGGAAUCAAAGAAUACAGUGAGUACAAGUGAUAUCACUUCACCCAAGGGUGCAAAGAAAAUAGCUGAUGACACUGCUUCCAGGUCCACAGUUGAUGUGGUGGAGAAGACAGCUGAGAAAACAUUCCAUUCAGUAAUGGAUGAACUUUCACCUGUUGCUAAUGGUAAUAUUUCCCCAAAUUCACAACUCCACACAAUCAAAAAGGAACUGGUCAAGAACAAACCAAGUCAAACUCCAAAAGCACCCACUUCCCCACAUGCUAAUAAGCCGAUCCCAGACACAACCCAGCGUUCAACAAUGACGAAGCUCCAUUUUCCACAUGGACGAAGCAAAGACGAUUCUGAAACACGGCAAGACGCUCCUUCAAGCUGGCUGGAUGUGGACUUUCCCAAACAUCUUCUCAAAGUCUCGGUGCCCAAACUGAGCUCUUUUGGAAGUGAGAGCAAUCUUCUGGACACUGAGCUAGAUGAUGAUGAUUUCAUUGAGAAAAUCAAGAAGCUUUGUGCACCGUUCUCCCUCCCGCCACGUAAACACAACCAACUCCGGACACCUCAGCCGCCAUUUGCCAUGCCUGCCAUCAGAGAGGCCCGCUUUGAGAAGACGUUUGACCCAGAGGAGUUUACGUUUGGCUUGAGGAAGAAGGAUCAGUUCAGUGUAGACACAAGCCAGAGCCUCUUUGCUUCUAAGUACCAGAACAAGGAGGCAAAAUCCGGCGUGAAGCCUGCCAGGUCUAGUUUGGCAGACAGGAGCAUGCUGCUCAGUAUACUGGACCCUCACUCUCACACCGCUGUCAAAGAUGAGGAAGAUGUCAAGGAAGAGAGAAAUGACCAGAUCAAGGUGAAGUCUCGCUUGGAAGGGAGCUGUGUCUUCAGCAGCCUCUCCUCCUCCAUCUUCAGAGAGAAGAGGAAUGGAGUUCAAAUGCAGGCAGAGGGCACCCACUCUGGGGAUGUGUCACCUAGUGAAGCCCCCCAGCUAAGCCCUCCAUCUGUAUCCCAGUCACCCCCGCUAAGCCAAACUGCCACGAAUCCACUCAAAGACACACUGGCCCUGAGCCACAGGGAGGAAGCCCAGGCUGCAAAGGCUGUGGUCAGUGAGUCAUGCCUUCCACUUCCCUCCUUUAACGACAUCAAGCUGCCGGACUAUUUGGAGAAGUACCUCCCCCGAGAACCAGCAAAACCAGAGCACAGCAUACAAGGACAGGAGCAAGUCAGAACUGAGGUUAUUGGAAAAAUGACGGCUCCAGCCUCCGGGGGGGAAGCAGAUCUGGCUGUGAAACCAGCUCCAGUGCUUCCUGAUGCUGUGCCUCCAUGUUUUCCUGAGAUUCCUCCAAUCACACAUCCUACACUGCUUGAGCUUAAGCAGCCUCUGGCUCUGCCACAGGCAAUACAAAGUAAUAAUAUAAUAACUGCCAAAGGAUUUCACAAGCGCCCUGGAAAGAUGGUGUUGUUUGAAAAACCUCAGUUCAGCGGCGAGGCGCAUGAGAUUUACAGGGAUGUAGCAGAUGCUACUUCUCUGCAGCUCUCGCCUCUCAUAUCUGUGAAGGUUGUUAGAGGAUGCUGGGUGAUCUACGAGAAGCCUGACUUCCAGGGACGCUCCAUCGCCUUGGAGGAGGGAGGCACCGAAUUGGCAAAUAUGUGGGCAGAGCCAGGGCCAGAGACAGAACCACAGAACAACCCACCAAUGCUCAUUGGCUCAAUUCGACUUGCUGUCUGGGAUUACAGCCUCCCCCGCAUUGAUCUGUUUACUGAACCAGAGGGCCGUGGCAGAAUAACACCUUAUCACGAUGACACCAUAGAGACAGGCUCGUUUGGCAUCCCACUGAGCACUGCGUCCAUCCAAGUUCACUCGGGGCUGUGGCUGGUGUUCAGUGACCCGGGGUUCCAAGGCAUGAUAGCUGUUCUGGAGACAGGAGAGUACCCUUUUCCUGACACCUGGGGCUUCCCAUCACCCUUUGUUGGAUCUCUGAGACCACUUAAAAUGGGUGGUUUCAAAGUGGAGAACCCCAAUGAAGUCAAGGCCGUGGUGUAUGAGAAGCCUGGACUUGAGGGCUCCUGUUUGGAAAUCGACAGUGACGUUUUCAGCUUUUGUGAAAGUGAAGGAGACACUGCUACUGAUGAAGCACACUUAGACUUGAGAAAACUGAAGUCUGUGGGUUCUUUAAAGAUCAUUGGAGGACUCUGGCUGGGCUACAGCGAGCCCGGGUUUGAGGGCCAGCAGUACAUCCUGGAGGAAGGAGAGUACCUGGACUGCAGCGACUGGGGAGGCUCAGACCAGCUCCGGUCACUGCGACCAAUCCUGGCUGAUUUUAUGUCGCCACACCUCAAAAUGUUCAGCGACAAAGAUUUCGGCGAGCUGGGAGUCAACAUUGACCUCACAGUGCCUGUCAUUGACAUGGACGGCACAGGCUAUGGCAUGAAGACGCAGUCAGUUGAUGUCAUCGGUGGCAUCUGGGUUGUGUUUGAGGAGCCGGGCUUUUGUGGUGAGUGCUACCUUCUGGAGAAAGGCCUGUAUGGAAGCCCAGAGGACUGGGGGGCGCCACAGCCCAGAGUUGCCUCAGUAAUGCCUGUUGUCUUGGAUGAUUUCGAGAAUGCAGCCAAGUUUAAGGUGCAGAUCUUCUCUGAACCAGGUUUUCAAGGCUCUGUUGUCCCUCUGGAGGACAGUGUGGCCUCCCUGCAGGACGGCGUCUAUGUGGCCUCAUGCAAGGUUCUGGCUGGAAGCUGGCUGGCAUUUGAGGGCCCAGACUUCACAGGCAGGAUGUAUGUGUUGGAAGUGGGGAGCUACCCAGACCUGAGGGCAAUGGGCUGUGUCAAUGCGAGAUCCUCCAUCCUGUCGCUGCAGACUGUUGGCUUUGAGUUUUCACUGCCAUCCAUCACUCUGUUCGAGCGGUGUGGUCUGUGGGGUAAGAGGGUGGUACUGACAGAUGGAUCAGUCAACCUUCAGCUGGCUGGAGGCUGCAGCAGAGUCCAAUCUGUGCUAGUGGAAGGAGGCAUGUGGGUUUUGUAUGAGGGAAUCAACUAUCGGGGUCCUCAGAUUUUGCUGAAACCUGGUGAAGUGCCUGACUGGCGCAAGUUCAGCAGCUGGCAAAAAAUUGGAUCCCUUCGCCCUCUUAUACAGAAGCGAGUGCACUUCCGCUUAAGGAACAAACAGACGGGGCUCAUGAUGUCAGUGACCGGCGAUUUGGAUGAGAUCAAACUGCUGCGGGUCCAAGAAGCAGAGGAGACUGAUGGAUUCGAACAGAUCUGGUUCUACCAGAAUGGACAUCUCCACUGCAAGCUGCUGGAGGAGUGCUGCCUGAGUACCACUGGUAGCAUGUCGAUGUCAGGAAGCCGCGUAGGUCUCUCCCCAGAGCCAGACAACCAAGACCAGCUCUGGAGCUUCAACCCUAAUGGAUUUAUCUGCUACACCCCCACCUCUGAUCUGGUCCUGGACAUCAAAGGGGGAACUCACUACGACAAAAACCAAGUGAUUCUAAAAACACUUGAUCCAAAUAAACUCCAACAGCAGUGGGAUGUGGAGAUUAUAUGAAAACACGAGCUGCUGGACUGGAUCCUUAAUAGUUUUAUCAUCAGAGGUACACCUCAACCAGAGGCUCCGUUAUGCAGCUGCAAGACAACUGCUCAAGGGCGAGGUACAUCAUUGGAAAUGCUCAACCUACAACCUACAAAAAUGUCCAGUGAGAAGGCCAACAUGGAGAGCUAUGAAUAAAUCCGUAAGAAUGUAUUACUACCCAGAGUCUGAACUUUAAAUACUUUAUAUUUUACACUUAACCAGUAACAUAUCCUAAGGCUUGUUUCUUUGUCUUUUCAUUGAUUAAUUAUGUUUGUCUGAUAAAUAUGUCAAACAGUGUUGAAGCGUUUCCAUAUUUUCAUGCAACAUCAUGUGUAUAUAUAGUAUACAGUAUAUAGCCUUUUCAAGCUGCAUGCAAUACGAGGGAACAAAAAAAAUACAAUUUCUCAUGACUUUUUCUUUGUUUAAUCAAAAUUACAUAGCACACAACUCUUUCGUUUUCAGAAUAAUAAACGUAUUUUUGUCAAUAAA